AUAAUUCUCUCCCGCAACUAAUCUCAAAUGUCAAAGCAAAUGUUUUAUCCAUGGAAUUAGUAGGUACUCCGUCGAAGUACUUACAAAAUCCAUGGUUUUAUCGUUUGGAAAACAUGGAAAUAUUUUCUACAUUUUUAUACAACCUGUGCUAAUACAUUGCUUUUGAUCACAUCACUAACAUAACCGUCAACUCAAAUGUCAACGCUAAUGUCAUAGUGACAUUUGGUUCGUCAAAAUUUUUGUCAACAAGAAAGUAACCUAGAAUUUGGUUGUUUGAUCUAUGAUUUAACAAAUAAUAAAAUGUUACGGAGUCUUUUACGUACCAGCCGCUGGCUGGCACGAAAACAAAUUGAUUUAAUUCCCAAUGCAGUGGUUCGAGUUCGAUCUUUUAGUUUUUUGGACCAAAAUCAAAGUUUUAUCUAUCAACGUAAUUUCGCAAGUUCUAGUGAUAAUGUUGAGCGCUCAAAAGUUUUGGAUCAAGCCGUUUUUGAAGAAAUUUGUAAUGAAACAUUAGAAUCUCUCUCUGAAUACUUCGAGGAGUUAGUGGAACAGGCACCUAAUCUAAAAGGUGCUGAUAUAACAUUCAGUGAUGGAGUUUUAACAGUAGCCUUAGGAAACUCAUACGGCACUUAUGUAAUCAAUAGACAAACUCCUAACAAACAAAUUUGGCUUAGCUCACCUGUUUCCGGGCCUAAACGCUACGACUUAGUGUUGAAAAACGGAGGAUAUUGGAUUUAUAAGCAUGAUGGAGUGUCCUUGCACAAAUUACUUCAAGACGAAAUAUCCAAAAUAGUGAAAGAUAAAGUGGAAUUCAAUAAAUGUACAUAUAGUGUAGUUUAAUUUAUAUUUUUUAUUAUUAUUAAAUAGUUUUGUUGAUUUUAUUUGUUUUUUAUUUUUUAUUUUUUUUAUCAAAAUGGAGGUUAUUGAAGAUGGGAAUAUUAUGGACAGGAUCCCUAUUUUAUUACAGAGGGAUUUUGAAUAUUAUCAG